UAAAAUUCAUGACAGAACACAUUCAAAAUUGAAACAUUGUCCUUCGAUGGUAUUUAUCGAUUAUCGAUGCGUCUUCUUGAUUCGACUGAUCGCGGCAUUACUGCAAAAGCAUCAAGGAAGCAUUGACUAACCGUUGCUUGCUUGAGCCGCUCUGACAGAGUCUGACUUUCGCACGGGACGAUGGAGGAAAAACACGACCCAUUGGAAGAGACCGAGAAUUCCUCAAGCGAUUCGUUUAUUGUCGAUUCAGACGAUGAUGAUGUAGCUUCAGUAGCUGAACCAGAUGACGGAUUGCAUACUGAGGAGCCUUUGACUGAGGAAGAGAUACAAGAGUUAAUUUCAGACUUCUUGGAGGUUGAGAGUAAGGCUGCAGAGGCUCAAGAAGCACUUGAAAAGGAGUCCCUUGCGAAAGUUGAAAGUGAAGUGAGAGAGGAGUUGGCACAAACUCUUGACGGGGAUGAGUUGGAGACUGCUGUUGCAGAUGAAAUGACCACUUUAAUAGAAGAGUGGGAAGAUGUGCUUGAUGAGCUUGAGACUGAGAGUGCUCAUUUGUUGGAACAACUUGAUGGAGCAGGUAUCGAGCUGCCAAGCCUUUAUAAGAUGAUCGAAAGUCAAGCUCCUAAUGUUUGCCACACUGAGGCUUGGAAAAAAAGGGCACAUUGGGUAGGAUCUCAGGUGACAACUGAAUGUACAAAGUCAGUGGCUGAUGCUGAGAAUUAUCUUCAAAUUCAGAGGCCAGUAAGAAGACGGCAUGGUAAACUAUUGGAGGAAGGUGCUAGUGGAUUUCUGCAGAAAAAACUUGCUACUGAUGAAAGAAAGGAUGCAAUUACAAACAACUCAGAGGUUGAUUGGUGCUCUCUCAACAAAAUAUUCUCUGAGGGAGUUUCUGAGGAUCACAUUUCAUUUGGCAGCAAGCAUUGGGCUUCUGUUUACUUGGCCAGCACUCCACAGCAAGCUGCAAUGAUGGGAAUCAAAUUUCCUGGAGUCAAUGAGGUGGAGGAGAUUGAUGACAUUGAUGGUGAUUUCAAUGAUCCAUUUGUUGCAGAUGCCAUAGCAAAUGAAAAAGAGCUUAUCCUUUCAGAAGAGCAAAGAAAAAAUUACAGAAAGGUCAAGGAAGAAGAUGAUGCAAGUAAGGACCAGAAGCUUCGACUUCGUUUGAAACAGAGGAGACAUCGGAAGAGAUUUAAACAGGAUGAUGGUCCUAAGGAAAUUGGCUCUGGUGAUUGGAUGUUAAACGGCAGCUUGGAUGAGCCAUUGUGUGUGCCAUACUCUGUUUCAAAUGUGCAAACCUGUGAAUCUGGCGAAGAUUUGCCUAAAAACGAUGAAGGGGUCUGCAAAAAUCGGGACAGGCAUGGUGUUGGAAUUUUUGAAACUUCUAAAAUUAUGGAGGAAAAACUUAUUGAUAAUGGUACAUUGUCAGUUGCUUCUACUGAAUCUAGAGGAUCCAAGCGUUCAAAUGAAAGUGAGGAUCUCAAUAUUGAUAAUAAGAAGAGUCGGACAGUUAUCAUAGAUGGUGAUGCUGAAGCUGAGCAGGGUCUGGAUGCAAUGUUUCAAUGUACUGCCUGUGAUAAAAUGGCUGUUGAAGUGCACCCACAUCCGCUUCUGAAAGUAAUUAUUUGCAGGGACUGUGAAAGGUUGUUAGAAGAAAAAAUGUGUGUAACGGAUCCUGAAUGCUCUGAGUGCUAUUGUGUAUGGUGUGGACAAAGCAGUGACUUAAUAAGUUGUAAGUCAUGCAAGACAUUAUUUUGCAUCACCUGUAUAAAGAGGAAUAUUGGUGAGGAAGCCUUGUCCGAGGUCCAUUCUUCUGGCUGGCAAUGUUGUUGCUGCUCUCCGGAUCUUUUGCAAAGUUUGACGUCAGAGUUGGAGAGAGCACUUGGAUCUCGAGAUCAAAUGGCUUCUAGUUCUGAUAGUGAUUCUGAAAAUUCAGAAGCAGACGACAAUAUUGCAAUCAGCUCGAAGAGAAAGCAGAAAAAGAAAAUACGAAGGAUCCUUGAUGAUGCUGAAUUAGGGGAAGAGACCAAAAGGAAAAUUGCAAUUGAAAAGGAGCGUCAAGAGCGUUUGAAGUCCUUGCAAGUACAGUUUUCUGAAAAAUCCCAGAUGAUGAGCUCUUUGAACUGCAAUAGAAAAUUACCGGAAGGUGCUAGUGUCGAAGUGCUUGGUGAUGUCCAGACAGGUUAUAUAGUGAACGUUGUGAGGGAGAAUGGGGAAGAAGCUGUGCGAAUUCCUCAAAGCAUAUCGUCUAAACUGAAAGCUCAUCAGGUAACAGGGAUUAGAUUUAUGUGGGAAAAUAUUAUACAAUCAAUUAGAAAAGUGAGGGCCGGUGAUAAAGGUCUUGGCUGUAUUCUAGCUCAUAUGAUGGGUCUCGGUAAAACUUUUCAGGUCAUAGCUUUCUUGUACACUGCAAUGAGAAGUGUUGAUUUGGGAUUAAAAACAGCACUUAUUGUGACGCCUGUGAAUGUGCUUCAUAAUUGGCGACAUGAGUUCAUGAAGUGGAGGCCUUCAGAAGUGAAGCCUCUUCGUGUCUUCAUGCUUGAAGAUGUUUCAAGGGAGAGGAGAGCUGAAGUGCUUGCAAAGUGGAGAGCUAAGGGUGGUGUGUUUUUAAUCGGUUAUAAUGCUUUUCGGAACUUAUCUCUUGGAAGAAAUAUGAAAGAUCUUCACGUGGCUAGAGAAAUUUCUUACGCAUUGCAGGAUGGACCUGAUAUACUCGUUUGCGAUGAAGCCCACAUUAUUAAGAAUACAAGGGCUGAUAUAACACAAGCAUUGAAACAAGUGAAAUGCCAGAGAAGGAUUGCCUUAACUGGAUCACCUCUACAGAACAAUCUUAUGGAAUAUUAUUGUAUGGUUGAUUUUGUAAGAGAGGGUUUUCUUGGCAGCAGUCCUGAGUUUCGGAACCGCUUCCAGAAUCCUAUAGAGAAUGGCCAGCAUACUAAUUCAACGGCUGAUGAUGUAAAAAUUAUGAACCAGAGGUCACAUAUCCUAUAUGAGCAGCUAAAAGGAUUUGUCCAGAGGAUGGAUAUGAGUGUGGUGAAAAAGGACUUGCCACCAAAGACAGUCUAUGUAUUGGCUGUAAAGCUAUCCCCAUUACAGAGGAAACUGUACAAGAGAUUUCUUGAUGUGCAUGGAUUCACAAACGACAAGGUUUCUAAUGAAAAGAAUAGGAAAAGUUUUUUUGCUGGGUACCAGGCCUUGGCUCAGAUAUGGAACCAUCCUGGGAUUCUACAUUUGAGGAGGGAGAACAAAGACUACAUGGAGCGUGAGGAUGCAGCUGAGAGUUUUAUUGGGGAUGACAUCUCUAGUGAUGAAAACAUUGAUUACAAUACAAUUGUAGGAGAGAAGCAAAGGAAUACAAAUGAUGAUGGCUUUCUUCGAAAGGAUUGGUGGAAUGGUUUACUUCGUGAAAAUAAUUAUAGGGAACUUGACUACAGUGGUAAAAUGGUUCUGCUGCUUGACAUUCUUACCAUGUGUUCUGAUGUCGGAGAUAAGGCAUUGGUAUUUAGCCAGAGCAUAGCUACGUUAGAUCUCAUAGAACUUUAUCUUUCGAAGUUUCCUAGGCAUGGAAAAAGCAGGAAAUUCUGGAAGAAAGGGAAAGACUGGUAUAGGCUUGACGGAAGAACAGAGAGCUCUGAAAGGCAGAAAUUGGUUGAGCAGUUUAAUGAGCCCUCGAAUGAAAGAGUAAAAUGCACUCUGAUUUCAACCAAAGCCGGAUCUCUUGGAAUUAAUCUUCAUGCUGCUAAUCGGGUGAUUAUUGUUGAUGGUUCUUGGAAUCCAACAUAUGAUCUCCAGGCUAUAUAUCGGGCUUGGAGGUAUGGCCAAAAGAAACCUGUCUUUGCAUAUCGACUGAUGGCACAUGGAACUAUGGAAGAAAAAAUAUAUAAGCGUCAGGUUACAAAGGAGGGGCUUGCUGCAAGGGUGGUUGAUAGACAACAAGUGCAUAGGACCAUUUCUAGAGAAGAGAUGUUACAUCUCUUUGAAUUUGGUGAUGAUGAUAAUCCUGAUGCUAUGGUCGAGUACAGCCAAGAGAAUGGACAAGCAUGUAACCAAAAUCCAACUUGCCAUGUGGGAGAUUCACUAAAACAGGGUGAACCACUUUCUAAUGCAGGCUUUGCUUCAGACAGAUUGAUGGAAAACUUACUUGCAAAGCAUUAUCCGAGCUGGAUUGUCAAUUACCAUGAACAUGGCUUGCAAGAGAAUGAAGAAGAAAAGCUUUCAAAAGAAGAGCAAGACAUGGCUUGGGAAGUAUAUAGGAAAACUUUAGAAUGGGAGGAAGUGCAGCGGGUACCCCUCAAUGAAUCUGUAUCGGAGCGAAAGCCACCAGUGUCCAAUGUGGCCCCUCCAGUAUCAAAGUCCAGGACCUUUGAACCUUCCAGGAGCAUUUAUAGAAGUUAUGCAUUGCGGCGGAAAUGCACUAAUCUUUCACACAUGCUAACCCUACGGAGUCAGGGCAUAAAAAUUGGUUGCACAACUAUCUGUGGGGAAUGUGCCCAGGAGAUCAGCUGGAAGGGAAUCAAUAGGGAUAGCAGGAUGGUGAUGUGAUCACACUCCAUUUUGUGCAUAUGUCGUAUCCAUUGCAAUUGAUUGCGGUCGUAAAAAUCAAAGGCAAUAGGUAUAUCUUCUUUAGUGAUACUAGAAACAUUUUUAGGUAUUGGACAUUGAAUUCCUGCCAAUCUUGUGCUUUAUUUUGUUUUUGUUUUUGAUACAAAUCUGUGCUUUUGAAAAAAGCCCAGAUGAAGGCAAUCCCACAGACGGAUUCAGAAUUGUAAAUUAAACUAGCAAGAAAAAGCCCCAUGUAUAUUUUGGUUCUUACAUCAAUACCAAUGAUAUUAUUGGUUUUUUUU